UUUUUGUUUUGAAAUCGAGGCACAGGUGUCCUACUAAUGGUGUAAAUCCACAAAGAAGAUUGGAAUGUGCGGAAUUUUUGUUGAAUAAUAACUCAUUAGAUCAUUUAAUGGCAAUUUCAUAGCGUGAUGUCGUUAUAUCAUCCCGAUAUUUUAAUUUUGCACAAGAUAUACCUAGAUCUGAAGUUCAUGGAAUAUAACAAGAGUUUAUAAACAUUAUGUCCUCAUUAAUGUUGCAUCAUGCCGGGAAAAAGAGAAAAGUUGUAAAUGUAAUAUUACUGGAUGGUACACAAUGUUUAAUAAAUGUAGAUGUCAAAUCAAAAUUUCAUGAUGUUUUUAAUCAGAUAGCCACUCAACUUAGUUUAAGAGAGACUGAAUAUUUCGGACUGUCACAGAAAAAAGAAGGAGAAUAUCACUUUCUUCCUUUAGAAGAAAAAAUUCACAAGUUUGCUCCAAAGAGCUGGAAAUCUGGAACCUCAGAGGGUUUAGAUACCGAUGGCCAGCCACUAGUUUCUCUCUACUUUCGUGUUCAGUUUUAUGUCGACCAGAUUGUCUUAUUGAGGGAGAAGGUGACUCGACACCUAUACUUUCUUCAGCUGAAAGACAACAUACACAAUUAUGGACAUGUUUCUACGGAGGAGAAAUGUUUCCAGCUGGUCUCAUAUGCCCUCCAAGCUGAUAGUGGGAACUAUAUCAAAUCUAAACAUAGUGGCCAGUACUUUGAUCCCAGAGAAUAUUUUCCUGCAUGGAUCUGUAACAAGAGAGGGAAAGACUAUAUCUGUAAGAAUACUCCAUUGAUACAUCAAGAUCUGCAUAACCUUAGCAAGUCUGAGGCAGAGUUCAAAUUUAUCAGAGAGGCAUCCAUAUCACCAGCUGCAUAUAACUUGCAUUUUUAUCGAUUAAAGAAAAGAAAAACAGAUAAAAAUUGGAAUGCAUGGCUUGGAAUUUGUGCAAAAGGAAUAGAAAUAUAUGAGGAGGUAGACGAAAGCCUGAAGAAUUUGAUAUCAACAUUCCUGUGGCCAGAUAUUGGAAAAUUAUUCUUUGAAAAAAAGAAAUUUGAGAUCCGAGCUGCUGGUGCACCUGAAGGGAGGAAAUUUGCUUAUUAUACAGACUGUGAUACCAAAUCAAAAUACUUAUUACAAUUAUGUAAACAAACACACAUGUUCCAGCUAGCAAUACAUCCUAAACUGAUGGAAAUAAGACAUUUGGAGGAACAAGAUAAAAAAAGAUACAGAGAAUUGUACAUUUAUAGUGACCCUAAAGACUUUAAGGCACAUGGAGGAUCAUUUAGGGGAAGUUUAUCACCUAGUACAAAAUCUGUAUUAAAUGUGAGAUAUUCAGUUGUCAGCAAUGCCAGUUCUAAUACAACAUCGGGUAUAGCCAGUGACAAAAUGACAAUCAGCUUUGAGGAUGAAGAACACAACAGGGAAAUAAUGAUAGAUUCACCACCAAUGUUUGGUAACCCUAGUCAAAACAAUGCAUUUUCUACAUUACCAAACUAUAUGCCCUCUUCAAAGAUGAAUAGAAGUCCUGGAGCUGAAUCUGGACCAAGAGAACUUUUCAAGUCUUCCUCUGUCGGUAGACCUGCAGGUGGAAAUCGACAGAUGAAUAGAUCGCCUGAUCGAAUAGCUAGUAUAUCUCAACAACAACACCAUGCUGUUUAUAGUGGAACUUUAUCAACAUCUUAUUCAGGCAAUUCUAUAGAGCGUGAUAUUUCUCCAAACAGCAGUGGACGAUAUCAAGGACAUUUUCCCGUACAUAAUGCCAUGCCUUUGCCAUUGUACAGCUCACAGCAAAUGAAUGUUCCAAUUUACAUGAAUCAUACUCCUUCGACCAGUCUACAUAAUGAGAGACUUUGCUUAUCUCAGCCAGUCAGUCGAAGCGCGAGUCGCGCAGACAGUUUUAAAAGUAACUUGACACAGUUACAGAUUCAUACAAGUGAUAAUCACAUAUCUCCGUAUUAUCAUUAUAACAAACAAAUGUAUCAGUUACCGGCAUAUAAUAAUUAUAAUACUUUUAAUGGACAGAUGCAGGCGGCACAGGCCUGUGAUCCGGCACUGACUAGUUCACAGAACAUUGAUCCACAGUAUUAUCAAUAUCAUGAAUUGUCAGGUUCACAAAACAUGAACCAAUUUUACCAUAAUCCUGAUUUAUCGGGUUCCCAAAACAUGAACCAAUUUUAUCAUAAUAAUCAUGAUUUAUCAGGUUCACAAAACAUGAACCAAUUUUAUCCAAAUCAUGAUUUAUCGGGUUCACAAAACAUGAACCAAUUUUAUCAUCAUAGUCAUGAACAAGGAUAUGAAACAGACUUGUCAGGUUCACAAAACAUGAACCAUUUUUAUAGCCAGGAGAGUUUUACUGGUCAAAUUGUGGAAAAUCAAGGUGUGAUGUAUGUGUCUAAUGAAAUGAUGAUUCCGGGGAUGACUUCUUACGUUAGUCAGAGUAACAUGUCAAAUUCCUCAUACACGGAAACAAAACGGACGUUACAGGAACAUGAAGUGUUAGCACCACCACCAAUGUUUGCAGAUAUGUCAGAGCAUUUAAAUGAUUCAAAACAUUCUUGUAAUAGUAAUACAUCAUUAGAUAAAUUACCAACAGAACCAUCAGAUAACGAAGAGAAAAAGCCAACUCUGAGCACAUCUACGACAGAAUUGAACUCUGGUGAAACUCUGCAUCCUGAGCUGGAGACAAUAAAAGCUGAUACACAUGCGUUAUCUUUACCUCUCAUGUAUGGCCUGUGUAAUGACAAAUCUCUAUACAUGCCAAUAACACAGCCAAUGGAUGGGAGUGUGGAAUCGUACGAAAAUUCAACGAUUCGUUCCACUGACUCUAGAAUAUCACGGAUAUCACAUGAUUUUGAUCCCCGUCGUCUCUCAGCUGUUUACCCCAGUGGACAAGGACCACCGAGUAUGUCACAGAGACCAUUCAGUUGGCACAGUGAAAACUUUGAUCUAGAUGCCCAAAUAACAGCCAUGAAUGGUCAGACAUUAGAAGAGAGUCAUCGAAGUGUUCCUCAAAAUCUCGGACAUUUGCUAGCCUCGCCCUCAUGGACCAAUACCAUUUCAUACAGUGACCAAUAUUCAUCAGAAUACUCUCAUAUAGUGCAACCACCAGCUAGGGGCAUUAAUUCUCAAAGUGGACUCCAAGAAACCAUUGGUAUUGCAUGACCAACUAACAUUUAAAAGGCAUGGUUUCAAAUCAACUUGGGCUGUCUUUAUCUGAGUGGCUCGUAGCAUUAUCUAAAGGUCAAUAAAUAAUUUCUAUGCAAAUGGUAUGGUUGUAUGUGGUCUCAAAGAGAACAUAUGUUUGUAUGGUCUCAAAGAGAACAAGGUUGCAUGGCCUAAACGAGAACAUAUGGUUGCAUGAUUUUAGAAAAGACUAUAAAGUUGUGUGGUCUCAAAGAGAAAACACAAAUUUAUGGGUCUCAAAGAAAACAUGUGGUUGUAUGGUCUCAAAGACAAUAUAUUUAUAAGAAAUGAAAUGAAUGAGUGCGUCUCCAAGAGACAUGUUUUUCCUAUUACUGCCAAAUUUUUGUUGUUGAAUAGGUGUUUCAGGUUUAGCAUUAGAAAAUAUAUUUUUCCACCAUUUUAGAUUAAAUUUAUAAAUAAAAUGCAAAAUAUUCAUAAUAGUUUACUGCAUAGUGCUUCUGUUAUAACAAAUUUUAUACACAAGGUGAUUUAUUCUUCAUACAUGUAAAUGUGAAUGUUUUCAUGUUAUAUUUGUCAUUUACGAACUGGGUAAACUUGGUGCAUUAAACAAUAAAUGCUCCCUUCACAUCAAUAAUAUAGAUCAUAUAAUGAAAAUUAUCCCUGUAAAUACAUUAGGGUGAUUGUUGUUGUAAAUAAAAAACAAUAAUCAUGAACAAUUUAUUUUGGCAACUUAAAAAAAAAGAAGAAAAAAAAGUCAUUGCGUUUACUUCAAAAUUUGAUAUUUCCUCUAUAAACAUACAUUUGUAUUUGAAUAUUUAAAGAAAGUUAACAAAAAAAGACAAAAAUAAAUUGCCAUAACCGAGCUGUAGGGAGAGUUAAGUGAGUGAUUCCUAUUAGUCACCACAUUUACUGUUAUAUAUAAUCUCCAAAUAAAGCAAGAACCGAACCUUGUAUUGUAUUGACAAAUGUUCUUUAUUACUCAGUGCCAAGUAUGGAAUGCACUUAUUACUACUUACGUAGUACUACAUUUUUGUACAGUAAUUAUAGAAAUGUUUUAUAAUGACAUCAGUAUAUUAGCUAGUCAAUGGUAGCUGGUUGAAAAUUAUAUCUUUUCUCAUUCAAAAUAUUCAGAUAAUUAUAUUUGCAUAACUUUCUAUGGGGAGAAAAGAGUUGUUUCAUGUUCAUGUUAGAGGGGUUAUAUUUGUUAUUUUUCUGGCAUCUGCUGCAUAAGCAUGCAUAUACAUGCAUGUAAUUUUUUUUCAAGUAAAAUAUGAUUUUCGCUUCAUGUCCUACCCUUACUGUAGGGACUUUUUUAAAUAUUUCCUCAAAUAUGUGCACUCAAAUGUGGAUUUUUUUUUUUGUUAUAUUUUUCUGGCACAUGUAUCUUUUUCUCAACAGUUAUACAACCACGAUUGAAAUACUUGAUAAUUAUUUUUUUGUAUUGGGAUGACAUAGAUUCAGUAUAUUUAGCUGGAUAUGAUGAACACAUUUUAUUUAUACAUAAAUUGAUAUGCAUUUGUAGAUAGAAAUAUAUUUAACUUUGUUAACUUUUUAUUUAGUUAUCCCAGAAUAUUGACUAUUGUGAUACUUUUAUAUUCCAUUUUAAAUAACAGAUGUUCAACUUUUUUUUAAUCAUAACUUGUACAUUUUAUCACAUCAUAAGUACUAUUAAUAUUUCAUAAGAAACGAAUAUUGAAGCAUUAUCAAUAAAUAAAUAGUAUUUUGACUAGAAAAUUAGAAUUUUGCAACAUUGCAUUCUGACCAUGGCCAAUUUUUCAGGAGGUUAUUUUUAAAACCUUUUUAAAAGAAAGAAAAGCUUUGGUCACACUAUGAAAAUGAACAAACUAUUAAAAAUAAUUGCCUCUCUAUGCAGAUUUCAAUACACCAAAAUUAUUUUUCAUCCUAAAAAUAAGUUGAUACCUACUAUUAAAUAUUAUGUACAGUAAAAUGUUUUGGAAAUACUUACCAAGAAAUGUAGAAGGUUACAUUAUAAUGAUUUGAUACAUAGGUAUUUUGGCCCUCUUCAAUAUGCAUUUAUUUCUAAAACCUUUCAUAAAAGGUAUAAUUCAUAGUUGGGCAUUGUGACAUUUGAAUUAUAAGUUAUCAAAAGAUCUUUCCAUUUUGUAUAGUAUACAUAACACACAAGAUGAUUUAGUGAGUUAAAUAUCAAUUUUUGGUGGAAAUUGUGUAAAUCUGUGUGAAAUGAUGCUUGAAUCAAGUCUUGUAAUGUGAUAUUGAAAGUAUAGGGGAAAUGUAAGAGUGAAUUGCCCAUUAUCAAUAUAAAUAGCUGUGAAAAAAAGCUAUCAGGUAUGAUAUUUCACCUUAAACUUAUUGUCUGUUUAUUCCAAAAAAGUUAUUGAAAUGUAAUUAAUUAUAUUGACAAUGUAAUUUUAAUGUAAUUAACUACAUUCAGAGAGAAAAAUGCAAUUGUUAUGUUCAUUAUCAAUGUAUUUGACCCCAGGUCUGCUGUAAGAUUGAUAUUUAACUUACAUCACUUUAUCUGUUAUGUAGGUCAAUUGUAAGACUGAUAUUUAACCUAAAUCUGUAAUGUAGGUCAAUUGUACAGUUAUACACAUAUCAUUUAUUGGUUGGUUGUAUCAAUACUAUAUUUAGGCAUAUCAUUGAGAUAUUUAUAGCCUAGUGCAAUAAUUAUGUAAAUAUUCAGAGUUGCUCAGGGUUGAUCCUAGUGAUAAUGGUGCCUGUAUGUGUUUUAGUAAUUCACUUCCUGGUUGGUGUAGUAGUAAUGUGUAGAUCAAUGUGUUUAAGGUACCUCAGAACAUUCUUGCAUACAUUUUGGCCAAUAAAGUGUGUGUUAAAUAUUUACUAUGAUAUUAGAACCUAAUUUGUUGAAAACAUAAUAUUAUCUUUAUUUGACAGUGAACAAAACAGAACAAAAACUAAACAUUUGACCUUCUGACCUUAUAAUAUUAUGAAGGAAACCCUAGACACUGAUUGUUCUAUUCUAAAUAUAUGAAAUAUCUUUUAUUUAAUCUCUUAUUUUUUUAAGGCCUAGCCUGAUAAUUAAAGAAUAUUUUGUCCAAUGAUUUCCAAUUUUGUAAGUGCUAUUUUUUUUAUUACCCUUAAUUGCCACUAGAAAUAAGAAUAAUGAUAUGAUAUACUGAUAAAAUGUAAUGAAAUCUAAGAUGGAAUGUAAUUGUGGUUCUGUGGUUAUUGAUUUUCUUGGCAAUUUUAUAUAUCAAAAUAUAUAUUCUGGGUUUGAGGCAGCAGGCAUUAAGUUUUAAUUUCAAAGAAAAUCAGUUGUAGUGUUUUUGUAAUGCCACAGGAAAAACUAUAAUAUUUUAUUUUUAACAGAAAUGUGAUUUGCUGAUUUUAUUAUACACAUAAUCUUUAAAAAACUAAAUGAUUGAUUUACAGACCCUGUGUCUACCCUUCACUUGCAUAGAACCAGAAAGGAUUUCUUUUUUACUUCCUGUUUUGAAGACCUUUUUUAGGUCCUUUGCAGUAGUUUUUUUAAACCCUUCAAAAGUGUGGAGGCUUGUAUUCAUUUGUUGACACAAUGAUUAUCAAAACAGGAAGUAAAAUAGAACAUUGUCAGGUUCUUGUAAACAAAUGCUGGCACAUGAUCUGUAUACAAUCAGAUUGUUAAAACAAUGAAUGAAAAUGAAUCAGAACAGCUACAUGCACUUGUUAAAUUGUGCACAGAAAUGAUAAGAAAGAACUUAUUUUGAUAAAGGCCAUGAAAUAUAAUUCCUAUAUUCUCAUCCAUCAUAGAAAAAAAGUUAGGGAAUACUUUUGAAAAUUUAUUUAUGAUGAGUUUAUUUAUUGUCUGGUUAAGGUUAAGAAAUUACAGAAUAAGAUGUGACACUUGUUUGACUAAUGCUGUUGUACUUAAAGUCUGAGCAAGAGGUGAAAUUCUGUGGCAAACAUAGACAGAAUCUAUGUACAUGUUAAGGGGUAGACCUUUGUUCAGGGAGACAACUCUUGAAGUCAGUUAUACGUUUGUAAAAGUCAAGUCUUAUCAAUGUAUUUAAAGCAUUUACCUGAAACAGAUUGGAAAUAAUCAGUGUAACCUAGAAGCUCAGAAUAUUUUGAAGAAAAUGGUUGACAUAAAUGUACUGAUGAUUUUAAGAGUUAUUUCCCUUGACCUAGGUCUACCUCCUUAAAUCAUGGGACAUACAAGGAUGUCAAUGUAGGAAUUAUCUGGUCUAAUUAUGAGGUUCCAUGUUUUUUUCCCUGAUUCUGUGAUGUAUACAAUGUUGAUAUUAGAGAUCUGUGUGUUCAUUCCAUUAUAUCAUUUGUAGAGUUUUAUAUCUUCAUCAUGUUAAAUUUUAUAUUGAAUAUUUUCAUAUGUAUAGUAUCCAAUAAUAAAGAUUGAUAUUUCUUUA